AUGUAUCCAUUAUUCAGACAACUCCCUACGGCAAACCUUGAGUUCGCCAAAGCUGGAAUACUCCAAGAUAUUCUUGAUGUCGGCCAUAGGUCCGACGACGGAGUCUGUUGGCGAGAUGGAAAUGACAAGACCAAGAUCCUGGUGGAUCUGACUCCGCCGCCACCCAAGAAUCCAAACAUCUGUGCUGCGAUGCUGGGGCAGCAUGAGCUGUGCCAAACCUUCCUCAAGCACUUGCACAACACCGGGAAUGGGUAUGCCAUCGUUAGGCACGCCUUCGUCCGUGCCGAGGAUCAUGGCGCCUCAGUCGAUGUUCACGUUAGGCGCACGCUGGACGAUCAAGAGUUGACCUUCAACUGUCGAUAUCUGAUUGGUGCUGAUGGCGGUCGAAGUUCGGUCAGGAAGCACUUAAACUUGCCCCUGGGGGGAUAUACUUGGCAGGGAAUCCGACUCGUUGCUGUAAACAUCCUGUAUGACCUCGACAAAUAUGGAUGGAAAUGUGGCAACUUUAUUGUUCACCCAGCUAUUGUUCACCCAGCCGACUGGGCCAUUGUUGUCAAACGCGGAAAAGGGCCACAGUGA